AUGCUUACAGCCCGUGAUGCAUCACCGUCAUCAACAAUUCAUUCGUCCAGAGUUGCAAUCGAAUCGAUACAUUUCGAUUCGACUGAAGCUCAGACUGUGAAACUUUAUGAAUACCGUGGUAAGAGGGUCGCUGGAUUCGAAGUGUUCGGCCGUCAAAUGAUUUGCUUACCACAGCUCUAUGAAAUAUUCCUGAAAAACCUUGUCGGAGGAUUGCAUACCGUUUAUACGAAACUGAAACGACUUGAAAUUCGACCAGUUGUUUGCAGUGUUGAACAAAGAAAGAUUCAUGCAAAUCCGACGGAGAUGGUUCGUGCUUUGAGAAGUUUAGGAGCUAUACAACCGGGUGUGAAUCGUUGUAAAUUGAUCUCUUCUGCUGAUUUCGACCGUCUUUAUGGAGAUUGUCACAGUAGUUGUUCGCGUCCAGGUCGACCAGCGAAACGUUAUUCGUUGGAAGCUUUGAGUAGCGAAGUUGCUAAACGGGAGAAAAUCGAGAAUAAAACGUUCGAUCCAGAAUGCACAAAAUCAAUCGGUGAAUGGAACAGCAAUAAUGAUAGUAACAGUGAUGUGGUUAAUCGAGAAGAUGAAAGCACAGCAACAUCAUCUCUAGCUAAUGCCACCUCGAGGUCGCACGACAGGUUUAACACUACUUCAUCACCACCACCACCACGAGGUUGUGCCGUUUUAGCGUUGAACUUUGUUUGA